AUGGCGUACACGGAUGAUGCUGUGUUAGCCAAACUGUCAGCUCUCAAUGAGACGCAAGAAAGUAUCGUCACGGUUGCUCAAUGGGUUAUGUUCCAUAGGAGGCAUGCAGAUCGAACGGGACAGCUCUGGCUGCAGCGGCUUAAAGAUUCUGGAAGCAACAAGAGACUCAAUUUGAUUUAUCUUGCCAAUGAGGUGGCCCAACAAUCGAAAGCUCGUCGCAAGGAUGAUUUCUUGAUCGCAUUCUCCCCAGUCAUCGCCGAGGCUACAGCCACCGCAUACAAAGGAGCCGCAAACGAGGUACAGCAGAAGUUGAGGAGAGUAGUUGAAGUCUGGAGACAACGUCAAAUUUUCGAGAUUCCCAUUCAGGAGGCAAUUGAGGCUAGGAUUGAUGAACUCGACAAGUCUCGGUCUUCUGGCAAGCGUGUGGGGGGCGGCUCCAUCUUCUCUGCGAACCCCAAUUCCGUGCCGAACGAACUCGUCCCUCUCAUUGCUCCCCAGCAAGAUUUAUCGAAACUCGUCCUCUCUACCAAGACCUCGGUCAAUGCUGCCAAUCAAGAUUACGACAAACUCACCGACCCUUCUUCCGUCUCCCCAUCUGCCCCCGUACACGCAGCUCGACUCAAUGGACUAUUGAAGACAUUGGCAAACGCGGAGGGUGCGGUGGCCGAGAGCAUUAAGGCACGAAAGAUCCUCAUUGAGGGAUUGGAGAAGAUAUUGGACACAAACCGAGCGGCUCUUGCAGCAGAAGAAGCACAGGUUGCGGAGCUUUCUAGUCGUCGUAAUGAGAUAGACAACAAGAAGCGAGAUGUGGAGGAGAAUAUCAUGCGAGGGUUUGCUAGCAACAGCAACCCUGGUACACCAGUCGGAGCAGCAGAAGGUUCUCCUGGCACACAACACUCGCCCGUCACUCCUGCACCGGAACCAGAUCGUCCUGAAGUGGAGGCUUUGACACCGCCAGGUUACCCACAGCCACCAGUCGCCGAACCAGUCUCGGAGUUUGAGUUAAAUACUUCCAACGGCAAUGGCAACGACUAUGCUCAAUAUAAACCACCUCCAGCUCUCCCGGGAUCCGACCUUCUCUCCAGCCUCUCGACUUCCUACGGACGAACGUCUUCGGCUGCGAGUGGUGGCAGUAUCAAGAAGCGUAAGCUGAACUCUGGUGAUGACUUUCCUGACCUGGGUGAGGAUGGCUUGGAUGCCGAUGUUGCAGAGAUAUUGAGAAGAGACAGUGGAGGUGGGUCGUGA